GAUUGGUCCAAAGGAGGAUUUUUUCCACUGUUCAAAAUGCAAUUUAUGCUUAAGUUUGAGUCUUCAAGGAAAGCACAAGUGCAUUGAAAACGUCUCCAGGCAGGAUUGUCCCAUAUGUUUGGAGGAUAUUCACACAUCUCGUAUUGGAGCUCACGUCCUGCCGUGCGGUCAUCUUCUUCACAGAACAUGUUACGAGGACAUGCUAAAGGAAGGCUACAGGUGUCCUUUGUGCAUGCACUCAGCUUUAGAUAUGACAAGGUACUGGCGUCAGCUGGAUGAUGAAGUAGCACAGACUCCUAUGCCCACAGAGUAUCAGAACAUGAUGGUGGAGAUCCUCUGCAAUGACUGCAACGCCCGCUCUACAGUGCAGUUCCAUCUCUUAGGCAUGAAGUGCACAAACUGUGAAUCAUACAAUACCGCUCAAGAUGGAAAAUGCAGGCUGCCUGUGGAGGAGCAGUGA